CAAAAUAUUUUAGAAAAUUUCGAUAAAAUGUGCCACGCUCCACAGUCAUUUCAAAUACGCACCAGUGAUGACAUCCUGUUCGAUGUCAACUUUGAAGUCGCGCAGCAAAUCGGAUUGGCAGAAAGCUGGCUUCUACAUGGACUCAGGGAGAGCAACAGCAACAGCGAUAUAUGCGAUGCCAAUAUAGUGCCAUUGGACAGAGUAAGCUCGCAUAUAUUUCGAUUGGUGCUGAAGUGGUGUCAAGAGCUGCUCUCGCAGGAGAGCACUGUGGAUGAGAGGAAUGAGUUGCAGUUACGUGAAACACUUCAUCGGAUCCUCACCGAGGCGAAUGCCAACGAUUCAAUGCUAUUUGAACUGAUCAUCGCAGCCGACUAUCUAAAUAUUGAUGCACUCUUACAAACAGGUACUCAGUAUGUGGCGGAUGUGAUCACUGGCUGUAGCACUAUUGAAGCAAUUAGGGAACGUUGGCAUACCAUGCACCAUGGCGCAGUUGAAGAAGAAACCCUCUAAAAAAUCAAAUCGUAUUCAAUGAAUCAGUUCUUCAAACCAAUUGCAGUUUUGUUUUUAAACGAUUUAUAUCAAAAUUUAAUGUUCCCCCAAA